AUGGCUUCCACUGGUCCUCAGGAGGACGCAAGCGGCGCAACACACCGCACCAUCCUGACCCUCCCAGAAGAGUGUCAGAAGGAGAUUAUCAGUCAUUGCUCUCAAAGCGACCUGAUCUGUCUGUCGCUUGUAUGCAAGCAAUUUCGAGAAUUAGCUGCAGCCGAGAUAUACCGAAAGUUCCAUAUUGUCUUCCCUGACGAAGAUGAUCACGCCUUCGAGUCUUCGAUCGACGGUCUUGCUGGUGGGCUCGACACCUUUGUCACCAGCGACUACGACUAUGCCAAGCACCUCAAAGAUCUGUCGCUGGACACGCUGAGCGCUGGUAGUAAGGCCGAAGCCGCUUACAAGCCCUACCUCUACAGUGUUAGCUGCGGCAAGUUCAUGAACACCCUUCUCCUCUUGACCUUGCGGAAAGCCAAAACCCUCGAAACCUUCACCUGGAAUAUCCGCGUCGAGUUGAGCCGGCCGGUCUAUCAUGCUCUCCACCAGAUCAAGACCCUGAGCCACCUUCACAUCCGCCUCCAGGCAGGUCCGUCGCUCUAUGAAACGCCGCCUGCUUUGCCCUACCCCAUCCCGCCCUUAUUCGAGCCUCCUGUCCCGACCAGCCACCCCAGCAGCCUUGGCCCUCCACCUCCGCCGCCACCGCUUCCAGCUUUCGGCGCGCCUCCUGUCUUCUAUGUCGGAAAUGCGACCUCGGUGCCCCCUCCUCCGCCGCCUAAGCCGCCAACGAGGACAAGGGCGCCCAAGAAGUCCAGCCAUUCCAUCAACGAGCCGCCGACCUUGUCUGGAUUCAAGAAUUUGAGGACACUAUCGGUCCUGGAUAUCGAUAAUCUAGAUGUGAUCACCGAGAUUAAGAAGUGCGUGCGCAACUCUUCAAGCUCUCUGUCUAAGCUCAAGCUGUCCUUCUCCGACGCGCUGGCCUUGCAGGCUCGAAAGCCACCACCGGAUAUUGAUCCAGAAGAUUCCGACCCUGAUGAUGAAUUCCAAGUGGUUCCUGUGCCCCAAAGCAGUGGGCAAAACAUAUCAGAUGAUGCCACCGGCCCAGCCAAAGCUUUCCGGGCUCAGGAGGAGAGGAAAACCCAGGAGGCUGUCCUGGGCCGCAUCUUUGACGUAGAGCCUUAUCUUGUCAAGCAAGGGCCGAAACCUCCGGUGCGGAAGGCUGAGACGCCGAAAGAGGAAAAGUCGGCGGCCCCGAAUCCCGGCAAGGACUUUAUCAAUGCUAUCAAGGCUGUCUCACAUAGGCUGAUGAAGGAUCUCAAUGGAUCUACCGCCUUUGACACGAAGCAACAGGAAAUCCUUGAUAUCAUCGAGAGUGCCGCUCGGAAGUAUGUGGCUGAGGAAGAGCCCAAGACGGCCAAGGACGAGUCCAACGGAGCGGAAGGGUCCAGUUCCAGCGCUGCUUCAAAGACGGAGGCCCCAGAGACAGCGGCUGAAGAGAGUGCAGAGGCGAAGGCUGCCGGAAGCAGCAGCCUGUUCAAAGAUGCUGCGGGCAAGGGCAAGGAUGUGGACAAGGAGGUGACUCCGGAAGACAUCGACGUGGAAGAGCCAGAAGACCAGCUCGCUCUCGAACCGGGAGACGCUCCGAGUGCAUCAAAUAAGGAGACGGCGGCGGCUUCAGAGGCGGCUUCCGAGGCCACUCCGACCUCUCAGCCAACGCCAACCCCACCGCCAGCGGCGUCAGUCCCGGAAGGAACAAUUCAAGAGCCAAAGAUUCAUGCAGACCUGAGCAGCAUCGAGAAGGCGGUCACGAAUCUGAAUGCCCAGAAGCAGAAUUUCCAGACUUUGGCAGAAAAACUGCUGGCCUUCGGGACCCAGGCCAAUCAGCUCAACAAAGAAAUCAUGGAGCAUCGGAAUGGCGGGGCUCCUUUUGAUGUGGCUAGAAUCCGAGAGGCGGAGCAACAGAUGAACGGCUGCAGUCAGACGAUCCAGGAAAUUCAAAAGGAAAUGGCUACUGUGCAGGCCGAGAUCGACGAUGCGGAGAAGUUGCUUCCAACCGCUAUCACCGAAGCUAACAGCACUGGCACGAGGGAGCAAACUUCAAAGCGCAUCAAGGACUACAUCAGGUCGACGAGGGGGAUGGCUCUGAAGUCUCUCGCCGUCUAUCUUAUCCCCGUCAAGGCUUCAGUGCUGUGCAAAGCAGUGGAUCUGCGCGUCCUGCAAAAGGUCACCCUGCUUAAUGUUGGGCCGCAGGCGCCUAUCUGGAUGCAGUUCGCCAAGGAGAACAGGCUAGAGCCGAUAGCUCUGCGCAAGAUCUUUACGGACAACGUCGGCAGCGCCUUUCUGACCUUUGUGUCCCAACUCGAAGAACUACACGAGUUCUUUAUUCUUGAGCGGGAUAAUAAGUAUAAGCCCGAGAGCUUUGCGCCUGCAACCACCGUCACAAUCGACCACAUACGUCGACUUGUGCUCAAGAAACAUCUCCCGACUCUCAAGCGUCUCUUGAUCAAGAAUAUGGCCUCCCAGGAGUGGGAUAUGGACGAAAAGUCGAUCUUGCUCAUCACUCGGAAAGGGAAGAACCUGGAAGAGCUCUCUAUGAGCAUGAAUAUUUCAGCGGUCCACGUCCUAUCGCAGCACAUCUUCGGGCUCAAGAAUCUGCGAGCAUUGCAUGUCAUACAGCUCAGGAACGACGACACAUGCAUGUGGGUGAUGCGAGAGACUAGGCGCUUCCUGAUCGACAAUCUAUCGCACUACCCGGAGAUGAAGCUUGAGUGGCUUUCGAUCGAUGACGAAUACAGGGUUGAACGCAUCGUGCGUCCUGAUGACCCGGAGUCGAAGAAGAGCCAGAAGAAGAACAAGGCGAAGGGCAAGCAGAAGGCCAAGGCCUCGCUUACGAAUGGCUUCAACGACACCUUCCCAGUCUUGCCGGUCGACGCUCUGGAUGGGUUGACCGACAGCAGCGGCGAUGAGGAUGAUGACUCGAUGGCACUCAAGCUGGAGACUAUUGAGGGCCUUCCGUACUAUGACGUCUGGGGUGUCAAGAUCUUCAAGAAGGAGGUGGUCAAUGGGCGGUUGUGA